AUGUGCGUGGAGGGGACCGGAAUGCAACGCAAGUAAGACUCACGGUUUAGAAGUCAGGAAGCAAAACCGCAGAUAGGACGGAGGAUUCUGCCGGAGACUGCAGCUGACAGACAGAACGCCUGGACCGGAAGUCAGGCAAACCGGAAGUCGAACAGCAACAAUUGAACUUGAACGUCAGAGGUGAGUAGGGGCUGGGAGUUUAAGUAGGGGACUUACUCCUCCCACAAAUUCAGGUCUAAUGGCCUUUAUAUAUAUAUAUAUAUAUUUUUUUUUUUUUUUCAUGAAUAAAGCUAUAAAAAUACAAUAUUGGAACAAAGUGAUUUAGUGUAAUCACUGUAGCUACUAUUACCAGUGUUUUAGUCACUCUAAAAACACAUACAAACAGGAAAACCACAUCACACAAUAGGUGAGAGCUAACACCCCACACAAUGAACACUACCACUUAAAAUCUUGAAGGUAGUAGAUACUUUCACUUAUGAUCUGCAAUGAAACAUAAAACAUAGACCACAUUGUAGUAUAUUAAAUCCAAAUAUAAUAAAUAAGACCAAAUUGCUCCAACUCACAUGUUGCUGAGCCUAUUAGUUAGCAGGCUCAGACUGUCAGCUCUCUUUACAGGUAUAACCUCUGGAUCUCUGUUCCCAAUAAGAAUUUUCACCAAAUCCUUUUCAUCCACGCUAAAAACAGUUAUAACUUGGUAGUUCAGUUGCAGAUUUGUCCUUGCAACUGUUGUAUUCUGCCUAUGUUUCCAAGUCCUGAAACACAGCUCUAGUUUCAGUCAACGUUGUACACAGGGUGACCAGAUCCACCGUGUUUACAGGGACCCAUCAUUUUGUUAUAUUUAUGAAAACGCAUUAAAAAGGGUCACCCUGCAGUAUGUAUAAUGCAUAUUCUGCAGGACUCUUCAUUGCACCUUUUUCUGAUUUAUACAUACUACAGAGCUACCAUUUCCAUGUGCUGCCCAUCGAUAUGCAUAUUCCAGUGGGUUUUCACACGAUGGGGGAAACUAGUUUGCAUGCGUAUUAGAGAUUCCCCAUAGAAAAGUAUUGAAUCAAUGCUUUCCAAUGAAAAGUUGGAAGACGUUACACAUCCUCAUGCAAAGGAAAACGUUAGAGACCAGGAAGCGCCUCUAGUGGCUGUCUGGUAGAACAUUGCAGUUUCUCUUUUUCUCAAUUCAGUGUUUACAUUGCAGGGUUAAGAGGACAAGGACACUUCACUAAGACAAUGAGAUGAAGUGGUCUCAGUGCCUAUAGUGUCCCUUUAACUCUAACCUUACCUUUCCAUAGUAAGAUUGCUUUGUUUAUCAAUAUCACUUAGUACAGGUAUUUCUUUUACUUUAAGAACCCCCAGUCAAAUUUAGAAUGUGCAUUCGUUUUCGUACAAAUACGAUUUCGUCCAAAAAUUCAGAUUUUUUUCGUAUUCAUUUACUAAAACAUAAACGAAAGCACCCCAUACAAAAUAUAAACGAAAUGAAAGGGCAAAGGCUAAAUGCCUUACCAUUUCAUUUGUUUAAUAGACACCGUGCCGCAGGGGAAUUAAACCCCACAGCACGGAAAUAUAACACUGUGCAUGCGCGACAAAAAAAAACAAGGAAAACACGGAGGGAGCUGGCAGUGCUACCAGUUCCCUCCUUGUAAUAAAUAAUUAUUCCUACCCCCCCCCCACCCCCGCAUUAAAACCUAUGGGGGUCACUUUGACCCCCAUAUAAAAAAAAAAGGGAGGUUAAAUGUCGCCUAAACAGCAAGCAACCAGUAGCUGCUCGCUGUCAUAAAACUAAAUAUAAAUCAGUAUGGGGGUCACUAUGACCAGCGGCAUGUUGCAAGUAGGGGCAUGAUGCCUAAACAAAUUUAAAAGUACUAGUGACUGGGAAACACUAAUAACUAAAAUGUGGGGGGGGGCAUAGUGCCCCCCGCACCCCCACCCAUAACACGUGAGUGGAGGGUAUUAAUAUAAAUGGGGGGACCUAAUGUCCCCCCUGGUCCCCACCCAUGAAUGGUGGGUGGGGACCCUAAUUAAAGGGGGGACCUAAUAUCCCCUCUGGUCCCCGCCCAUGAGAGGCGGGUGGGGACCCUAAUUAAAUAAAUAAUGGGGGGAACCUAAAGUCCCACCAUGGGUGGGGACCCUAAUUAAUUAAAGGGGGACCUAAUACUUGGAAAGUAUUCCAAGCCAUGAGCGGUGGGUGGGGACCCUAAUUAAAUAAUGGGGGAACCCAAUGUUCCCCAAAAUUUCACUGGUGCACAUGUCUAGUUAAAUUUAUAACUUUGUCCUCUGUCUUUCAUUUUACCAUCCAGCCUUAUCUCCAGCUUCUAUAUUGAUACAUUUCUAGCCUUUCUACCCCAUCCCAUAUCUCAAGCUUCAUCUCACCCCAGUCAUAUUUUCAGCUAUUCCCCUCUUUCUCAUCCAGUUCAUAUUGUGAAAUCUUUGCCCCAAUAAAUAUCUUCCAGUUCUUCCUUUAGCCAUAUUUAUAAACCUAUUAAUUCUACCAAAGUCUAUCUUUCCCCCAAUGUGUCCAAAGCGCCCAAUGUGUGCAUGCCUCUCCUCCCCUAGAUUCCUAGCCAUCAAGGCUCCUAUCCAUUUUCCUUUAGAGUAAGUGGAUGGCUGUUUACCUGGGGAAGAGAUGAAGGCAGCAUGCACUAUGGGAAGAAGGUAGGUUGGCGGAGGCAGGGUUAUACUCUGGGCAUGUUCUGCAGGGAAACAUUCUGUCAGGUACUGGCAUUCAUGUGGAUAUUACUUUGACACAUACCACCUACCUAUAGAUUGUUGCUGACCACAUACACUCAUCCAUGGCAAUCGUGUUCCCCGAUGGAAGUGGCCUCUUUUAGAAGGAUAAUGCCCCAAGCCACACUGCAAAUAUUGUUCAGGAAUGGUUUGAGGAACAUUACAGUUCAAGGUGUUGCCUUGGCAUCAAUAAUUCUCCAAAUCUAAAUCUGAUAGAGCAUUUGGGGGAUGUGUUGGAACAGCAAACCUGGUCCAUGAACUUAAAGGACGUAAAGGAUCUGCUGCUAAUGUCUUGCUGCCAGAUACCACAGGACAUGUUCAGAAGUCUUGUGGAAUCCAUGUCUAUGUUUUGGCAGCAUGACAGGGAUCUACACUAUAUUAGGCAGGUGGUUUUAAUGUUGUGGCUGAUCAGUGCAUAUAUAUGUAUUACAUUUAACAAACAUAACAGUUAUAGUUAAAUUGAUAUAUUGAUAUAAAUUGAUAUAUAUUUUCAGCUUGUCAUUCUGUAUUACAGCACAAUUUAUCUGAGAAAGCAGAAAGAUUUUUGCAAGGCAAUUUGGAGGAAUCUGUCAAAAAAUGCCAAGUUUUGCUUGAAGAGUUAAAUAAGCCUUUAGAGACGGGAAUAAGACAACGAAAGUAUUCCAAGCCUGGGGGACAUAAUAUAUUCAAAACUGAAAUGCAGAAUUUAAUUGUAUCUUACCAGCAACACCCUGGCAAGGGUAUGAAGGUAGGCACCUUGUGUAAACUGCAAUGUUAAUGUAAUAUCAUUUUUAAUUAGCAGUGAGAUUUCAUGGCUAAACCAAUACACAAACACAAAUAUAUUUUUUUGCAAUUUUAUAUAAGCGAUAAUUUAAGGUAUUCUCCAGAAGAUUCUCAUAAUCUGCCAUGGUUAUUAACAAAAAUGUAGAAAUGCUAUGCUUUCUGUUAAGAAGAGAACUUACCAUGGGCAUUCCAUCCUGGCUGACAGGCAGGAGGGGGUGCACAGAAUUCUUUCUAGUAUGGCCAGCGAACUAUGGUAGAGCCAGGGACGUAUUAGCCGCGAGGCAAAAAAAGCCUUGGGCUGCAUUUUUCAGGUGGAGGCAAAAAAAGGCGAGGGACCACUGAUUAGUGAGCUCCCUCACCAGCGCCGCCCUCCUGCCCAGCAGCCCCACUGGAACCCAGGGAAAGGGAGAACAUCCCUCCCCCCAGCAUUCCCAAAGGUAAGGAGGCUGGGGGGGUUGAAUUAAAAAAGAAAAGUGAGUGUGUUAAUGUGAGUGUGUGUGUCUGUUAGUAAGUGUGUGUGUGUCUGUUAGUGUGUGUGUGUCUGUUAGUGUGUGUGUGUCUGUUAGUGAGUGUGUCUGUCAGGGAGUGAAUCUGUGAGGGGGUGUGUUACUAUGUGUGUGUCUGUUAGUGAGAAUGUAUGCGUGUCUUUUGGUGAAUGUGUGUGUCUGCUAGUGACUGUAUGUGUCUGUUAGUGACUGUGUAUGUCUGUUAGCUAGUGUAUGCCAGUCAGUGCCUGUCAGUGCCUGUCAGUGAAUGUGUGUGUGCAUUUAGAAGGCGGGGCAUGGGGGAAGUGUGGAAUAGCGCUGGGGGGAAGGGCGUCUGAGUUUUGUCAUACCUAGGACAGCACAAAACCAGGAUACACCACUGGGUAGAGCACAGUGUACUGUGAGUGGAGGAGGUGAAGAUAUGAUACCAAACAGGACAAAAAUAUUCUCUAAUGCUGCCUGCAAGGCCAUACUUUGAAGAGUGCAAUAGACAUAAAAGUGGGGGAGUAGUUAAAGACACCGAAGGGGGAAGUAAAAUACACACAAAGAGGGGUUAGAGACACAAUAAUGAAUAAGAUGGAAAAAGGGGAAUACAAUACACAAAAAAGGAUUAGACACAAAAGGGGCAAAAAGAUGGGUAAAAAACUUAAAAGGAGCAAGAAGGGGGAUAGGAGGGAUAAAAGGGGUGAGGAACACAAAUGGGGGAAAAAGACAUAAAAGCAAAGAAAGAAACACAAAAUUAAUAACAUUGGAAAAUAAAUACAAAAAGGAACUAAUGUCCACAAAAGUGGUAAAAAGGGGUAAGAGAUACAAACGUGGGUAAAAGAGGAAAAAUGUGGAAAGAAGAGUAAGAGACACGAAGGGUUAUUGGGGUUCAGAGAUAAAGGGAGGUUAAGAGGCACACAAGUACAAGGGAGAAGAGGGGUAAAAACACACACAAAAAAAAACCUUGGAGGGAGAUUUAUCCAAAAUGCAGUUCCCAACAAACCUAGGUACAUGUCUGUUCAUGUUCUUUAUAUCUUUUAACAUGAGUGUGUUAUUUAUGGUAUAUUUAUUUUAAUAAAGUGAUUAAAAAUAGGAUAAAUAUCUUCAGUAUGUCAAUUAUCAUCCCAAAGGCCAACGAAGUGCUGAAGAAAUUCCUUGAUGAGAAGGAGAAGAUUGAAACCACUAUUUUGCAAACUGAUCAGUCUCUGACCGAAAAUGAGAAAAUGAUGGCCGGUAAGAUGGAACCAGGAAUUUUGGAAGUCCCCAUUACAGUUCAGUUCAGUUAAAGGGACACUAUAGGCAUCAAAACAACUUUAGUUUAAUUAAGCAGUUUUCAUGUAGAGAUCUUGUUCCUGCUGUCUCACUGAUCAAUUUUCUGCCAUUUAGGAGUUAAAUCACUUUUGUUUCUGUCCAUGCAACCCUAGCUACACCUCCCUGUGACCAUAAAAAUUGUUUAACCCCUUCACGAUCGUUGACGGUUCAGGACUGUCAUCGGAAAAAUCCCCUUGAGGACCGGUGACGAUUCUGAACCGUCAUAAUGGAAAUAUUUGCUCACCAGGAAGUCCCCCUGCUGGUGAAAAAAGUAUUAAAAAGUUAUAAUAAAGCAAUCAUAGAUAUUAUAUAUAUAUAUAUAUAUAUAUAUAUAUAUAAAUAAAACAAGGGGGGUUGGCUGCACUCACCUGAACAUGCAUAAAUGGGGGUGCUGCUGGGGGCCAAAUAACAACAAUACACAAGAUCCAGCGCACUCACCUAUCCACUAAACAGCAACUUCAAUGUUGAAAGAUUUUAUUAGUUUUUUUUUAAAAACACCUAAUCUAGGCAAAAAUAAUGGGUGUUUAGUUACAUUAUAUGAUUAUACAUUGCAUAAGCCUGCCACAACAUCAAUGUACCCCAUCUUUGGCAGGUCUUAUAUACAUAAUGUCAAACUAAGUGUAUUUUUAUAUUUAUAUAUAUAUAAAUAUUAAUAUACAAAUACACUUAUAAUUAAAUUACACACACACACAUAUAUAUAUAUAUAAAUAUAUAUAUAUAUAUAUAUAUUAUACAAUAUAAAUAAUAAGUAAAUAAAAAUAAAUUUUUUUAAAAAUAAUUAAUAAAAAAAAUAUAUUUAUAUAUAUGUAAUUUUAUUCUAACUGUAUUUUGAUAUUAAUAUUAAAAUACACUUAGAAUGAAAUUAUAUAUAUAUAUAUAUAUAUAUAUAUAUAUAUACAUACAUAUCUAUGUAUAUAUAAAUAAAUAAAAUAAUACAAUAUAUAUAUCUAUAUACAAAAUUGCAUAAAUAAUGUCAUAAAUAUACACGUAGACUUCAAAUAUAUAAAUAUGUAUAUAUAUUUAAAUUCUAUGUGCAUAUUUUUGUAAUAAUAUUACAUAAUUAAGUCAUUUUAUUGUUUGCAAUUUGAAGGACCUGCCUGACAACCCAGGCCAAAAGUCCAGAGAAUUGAAUUUGCUUGCACUGUAUUUAACCCUGUAACAUAACAUGACAACCUAACACCUGUACAUUGGGGGUACUGUUUUACUCGGGAGACUUCACUGAACACAAAUAUUAGUGUUUCAAAACAGUAAAGCAUAUCACAGUGAUGACAUUGUCAGUGAAAGUGCCUUUUUUUGUAUUUUUCACACAAACAGCACUUUCACUGAUAUCAUUGUUGUGAUACGUUUUACUGGUUUGAAACACAAAUAUUUGUGUUCAGCGAAGUCUCCCGAGUAUAACCGUACACCCCAUUUACAGGUUUUUUAGUGUUUUUGAAAGUUACUGGGUCAAAUAUAAGACUUGAUUUCCUUUUUCUUUUACAUUGAAAUUUGCCUGGUUGGUUAAGUUGCUUUUGAGAGCAUAUGGUAGCCCAGGAGUGAGAAUUACGCCCAUGAUGGCAUACCAUUUGCAAAAGAAGACAAUCCAAGGUAUAGCAAAUGGGGUAUGUCCAGUCUUUUUUAGUAGCCGCUUAGUCACAAACACUGACCAAAGUUAGCGUUCAUAAUUGUGUUUUGUAUUUUUAACGCACAAAUAAAUAUAAAUGCUAACUUUGGCCAGUGUUUGUGACUAAGUGGCUACUAAAAAGACUGGACAUACCCCAUAUUGAAUACCCUGGGUUGUCUACUUCAAAAACAUAUGUACAUAUGGGGUAUGAUUCAGAUAUUUAUGUCAGAUAACAGUGUUACAAUGUCACUAAUGAUACAUUUUAAAAAUAUAUAUUUUGAAACCCCAAUAUCCUACUUGUAGCUAUAGCCCUAUAACUUGCAAAAAAGCAUGUAAACACUGGGUGUUUUUAAAUUCAGGACAACAUUUUGAAUCUACUUAACAGUUUUUUUUUCAUUAGCUUUUGUAGAUAAGUAAAAUAGUUUUCAAGUAAAAGUAAAAAAACAUUUUUUUAAAUGUUUCACCAUAUUUUAUUAUUUUUUUUAAAGUAAAUUAUAUGACAUGAUACAAAUAAUGGUAUGUAAAGAAAGCCCUUCUUGUCUUGAAAUAAACAAUAUAUAAUUUGUUUGGGAACAGUAAAUGAGAGAGAAGACAAUUACAGCUAAACACAAACACCACAAAAGUGUUAAAACAGCCCUGGUCCUUAACGAACAACAUGGCCAAAACAGUCUGCUUCUUAAGGAUUUCAUUUUCAAUCACAUGUUAACUUCCUUUCAAAGUUUUUAUCUCCUGCUCUGUAACUUGAACUUUCAUCACACAUAGCAGGCUUCUGUGGAGUUUAGAGGGCAAUUCAAAUAGCAGGAGAUAAGAGAUUCUAAAUUAAAACAAACGUGCACUAAAAGAAGUUUAAGCAUUAGAGCAGGACGUAUUUAGAAUAGCAUGCUCAGAGAUGUGACUAGGGCUGCAGAAACAAAGUGCUUUAAAUCCUUAAUGGUAGAGAAUUGAAUGGUGAGAUUACAGAGGCAUGAUCUAUACACCAAAGUAUAUAUUAUUUAUAUAUUAUUAUGUGAUUUCUAUGAACUAUAUAUUGGGAGAUAUGCCUGAUAACCCAGGCAAACACAUCAGGGGUUGUGAGUGAAGAGGAUACUACAGGUUGCUAGCGUGCCAGGAAUACAUAGUUACAUAGGCUGAAAAGAGAUAUAUAUCCAUCAAGCUCAGCCUCUCUCACAUUUGAUUUUUGCUGUUGAUUCAAAAGAAGGCAAACAAAGCAGUCUGAAGCACUUCCAAUUGUGCAGCAAACUAGGAACAAAUUCAUUUUUAACCCCAGAUUAAGAAGCUAUUAUCCCACUAAAUAAAAAUGUCUCUGUCUAUUAUGUUUUUACAAGUAUUUAUCCAAUUGCUGUUUAAACAUCUGUAUAGACUCUGAUAAAACCACCAGAGAAUCCCAUAUCCUUAUUGUUCUUACUGUAAAAAAUAAUUUCCUUUGCUUUAGACUAAAUCUCCUUUCUUACAGUCAAAAUGCGUGAUCUCUUGUACUAUGUAUAGUCAUAUUUAUGAAUAGAUUUCUGGUCAAUGGUUUGUAUUGGCCCUAAAUAUAUUGUUAUAAUGAUAUCAUAUGCCCUCUAAGGUGCUGUUUUUCCAAACUCAAGAGAUUUACAUUUUUUAACCUCUUUUCAUAACUAAAAUGCUCCAUUCCUUUUAUCAAUUUUGUAGGCAGCCACUGCACUUUUUCUAGUGCCAUAAUAUCCUUCUUUAGAACAGGUGUCCAAAAUUACACAGCAUAUUCAAGGUGUGGUCUUACCAGUGAUUUAUAAAGAAGCAAAAUUAUAUUUUCAUCCCAAGAAUUAAUGCCCCUAUUUCUACAUGACAAUACCUUACUGUUGAUUAACAUUGCAUAUUGUUGCCUAGUUUAUUGUCUAUAACAAUUCCCAAAUCCUUCACAUUUUGUUGUUAUCCCUAAUUUACUACCAUUUAGGGUGUAAAUUGGCUGUGCAUUCUUUACCCCAUAUUUUUCCAGACUACAUUCCAUCUGCCAUUUGAGUGCCGCCCCCAAUCUAUUUAAAUCCCUCAGCAGCAAAGCAAUAUCCUGCUCACAUUGUAUUACUUUACAGAGUUUUGUUUCAUCUGCAAACACUGAAACAUGGCUUUUAAUGAUCAAGAUCAUUUAUAAAUAUGUAAAAUAGAGGCAACCCCAGAACAGAACCCUGAGGGACACCACUUACCACUUUUAUCCAGCUUGAAAAUUUACCAUUAAUGACAACUCAUUGUACUCUAUCCUUAAGCCAAUGUUCUACCCAAGAACAAUAAUUUACGUCUAGACCAAUUUCUUUUAGUUUGAAAACAAUUUUGUAUUCUUAGCCUAUAGCUUCUCUUUAAGCAAAGUCAUUUGGGUGAUUUUUGACAUGUUAGUCAUGUCCUGAUCACAUCUUUUUCACGUUUGACUUUAUUUGUCCUUAUAUCAGUUGUUUGUUUUGUUUGCCCUAUUGCACUAGACAGCAGAAUAAAAGUGGAUUCUUAAAAAUGUAUAAUAAUAAUAAUCUUAUGAUGAGCAAAACACCUAUAAAGAAUAAUAUAUAUAUAUAUAUAUGUAAAAACAAUUCACAGCACAAAAAGCUCAGUCAGAAGCUAUAGAAAGAGAAAAAAAGAUUGUGGAAGAGAAAAACUGGAGACUGCAAGAGACCAUGGAGGCUGAGAAAAGGAGCCAGGAACUACAGUUGGCAAUGAUACAAGAGAAGAAUGAGCAGGAUAGAAAUACGCUGAUAGAGGAGAAUAAAUGGCUCAUCGAAGAGAAGAUGAAGGUAAAGUAAUAAAGAGACUAACGCAGUAACCCAAAACCAGACCCGACUGGGUGAUAUAUUUAUUGAGCCCAGAAAUAAAUGGUACCUUUGCUUGUAUUUUCAUUUAGUGCUGAUGCUAUGUAGAGCUCUUCUAGAUGGACCUUAGAAUUCGUAGACAAAAAUUAAAUCUCCCAAACGAAAGGACACUAACUUUUAAAAAAUAUUUAUUUUGGGGUCAUUGAGUGAAAGUACAGGCAGAAAAUAUUAUUGGAAUAUUGUUAGUGCAAUUAACCUAAUCCCUCCCAAACCCCAUGUAAGCAUGUCUACCCAGGCAAACUUUCAUUUAUCAUUACAAAGCCUCAUUUACUUUUCACUUUGCUCCAGUGUCAGUCUUCAUCUGGCAGAGGUACAAGUUUCUUAGCAAAGGAUGUGAAUGCAAGAUUUACCUAUUUCUUCCCACUUUAGAAAAAAGGCUUUUUGUUGGUCAAAAUACAGAAUGCAAACUUGCGUCCAUUGAUCCAGCCAAUGGGGCUAAAUGGUGUAUUUCCAGGUUUUCAUACUAGUGUGUAAGUACAGUUUAGUCAUAUUUGUAUACAGGAAAAGGACAACAUGAUGAAAGAAGGGAUGAAGAAACAAUGUGAAAUGCUGGAAUAUGAGAUUCAACAGCUGAAGAGGCAACAGGAAGAAGCCAAGGGAUCUUUCCUGGGUAAUGUGAUAUCUGGAAUUUUACCAGGGGUGUUUUCACGUUUUGUGAAGAAAAUAUUUUAAUACCAAGCAUGUAUAACAUCCUGUAGGAUUUGAAAUAAUAUUCAGCAAGUAAUAUUUUUGUUUUACUGAAUACUUUGUAGUUUAAAGUUUCUGUGUCACAAAUAUAACAUUAUAUCAGAUUCUGUUACUGAAGAUUAUCAUGUUAAAAUGUGAAAAUAGCACAAUAAAAAAUGUAUUAUGUAACAAUUUGUUUUAUUAUUGUAUUCUAUUUAUUGCAGUAUUAGUAGUCAACGUUUAAUAUACAAUUAUGAAAGAGAGUGAAGAACAAUAUGCUGGUUUGGCUUCAUAUUGGGGAAUGUGUUUGUAGUUUACUCCAGGCUACAGGUAGCCACUCGUGUCCUAUAUUUUGGGGGUAUAUAAUCACAUACCUCCCACCUCUAGCAUCCUGAGAAUCAUAUCAUUAGCUCUGUCGUAAAGGGGCCAGCAAGGGGCGCGUCCACCCAGGUUCAUGGCAGGUCAGCCCGGGGUGAAUGCACACCAGACUGUUUAUCCACAAUUUAAUCUAGCCCACUGAGGGCAGACCUGCACCAAACAAUAUUUCAGUGCCCCCUGCAGGGUCCUAGUGCUCUGAACAUAGCGCAUGCGCGUCUCAUGAUGCACUUGUGCUAUGAUUGUUCGGGGCAGUAUCCUAAUUUUCUCAACAGCAGGACACCAGGGAACUAAGGUGGAACAGAACCCGGAAAUUUGGACGGCCCUGACAAAAUCGGGACAGUUUAGGCGCAUGUAAUCUGCAUGCCAACUUCAAACAGUGUGCAUGGCGUGUUUGUUUGUGUACUUGUUCAUACCUUAGGAUGUGAUCCUGUCGCACUUAUGUAGAUAAAAUAUCCACAGAUCUCUUUAUCACUAACUGUGUGACUUCCUGGAUCAGCCGGUAAAUUCCAUGAAAACAUUGGGAGACUAUACGACACAUUAGUGCACGAUGGAAGCUUCUACAAAUGGCAUGGCAGAGUAACUCUAAUACACACACUGUGGAAAACAUGACUGAUUUAUCAAUUAUUGUACCCAAUGCAACUGGCCCUUCUCAUUUGAUAUUCAUGCAUACUAUACAUAUAUUUAAUAUACGUAAGAUAUUAUAUUCCUGUUUUUCAAUAGUGUGACACAAAUAAAAUAAUUAUAAAACUUGUGUAUGUUGCCCACGGGAAUAAAAUACAUUUAGAAUAUGUUUGAUUCAAUUUAUCUGAAUUGUUUGCAAUGACCUGUUAGAAUCCCUAUAUCAACACCAACACAAAUAUAGUGUCUUAGCAGACUUUCUGUGACUCUACCAUGACACUAUGACACUUUCAAAUAUGAAUACCAUGACACUUAAUAAGGAAAAUUGUUUGCUACUUACCAUAUUUUUUUUCCUUGAUAUUUUUUUUUCCUUUUAACCGUGGCAACAUUAACCUUUGGGUUAGCUGCUCCCCUGACUCAUCUUCACCUUUCUCAUUUAAAAAACAAACAAAACAAAAACAGUAAUCUACAGGUAACUAAUUUGAACCUGUAUCUUUGCUAAUGUAUUCACAAAGUGUACUGUACUUAGGAGACGUAGAUGAGUAAAGUUUUUAAAGAAAUUUUAAUACAAUAGCACACAUGAGGUUUACAAAAUAUGGUGCAUAAAUACAAUGUGUAUGUAAACAAUAUAAAAAAUAUACCAUGGGGGCGGGGCCUGAUCGUCAUGGUGGAAAGACAUAUCCUAAACAAGCUCCUCCACUAUUCUGAGAAAAAAAGGCAUUAUCUAGGCUCUUACUGCUCAUGUUAAGAUAAAAACUCCUGCAUUAUCAGAUCCUCACCUAAGGGAACUCACCUUGCAAUAGGGAACUCAACAUGCAACCAGAGCCUAAUUGCUCCACAUUCAGGCUCUGCCCUGUAAUCAGACUCAAAGCACUCUGAUUAAGCCAUGCAAUCAGAGUGCUCUGACAGGUAAAUGAAGAGACUGACAGGUAAGUCUCAACAUUUACCUGUUACAGCACUCUGGUUAGCUGGAAAUCCACCAAUCAGAGUGCUCUGUAUCCUUUUACACAGCGUGGGAAAGGUCUUUGGAAUUUUCCCAUGCUGUGUAAUUUGACUCAUAACAACACUCUGAUUGGUGUAUGUUUGGGUUGGAGUUCGGUGUUCGGCAAUCUAAUGGCGCGUUUUGAAAGGCUGCAGGGCAGCCAAUCAACAAGCGUUUGAAUCGUGUGCAGCAUGGGACCCAGCCUCUAUAUAUAAGCUGGAGUCGCAUAGCGCCGCAUGCACAUGAGGUCUAAUUAGUGUAGGGAGAGGAUGCUGCCGCUGUGAGGGACAGCUUAGGAAAGAAUUCUACAAACUAGUACAUUAGUAGGGUGCACUUCAUAUCUGAGAGUCAAACAGAAGCAUCAAAUACUGCGCUUACUGCGCAGUUGUAAACAUUAUAAUUGUUUUGGUGCUAAACUGCUAAAUAGUACAUUUUGGGGCCUGCUCUUCAUAUCUGAGAGUCAAAUAGAAGUGUCUAAUAGUGAGCUUACAGGGCAGUUGUAAACAUUCUUUGUGCUAAACUGCUAAAUAGUACAUUUUGGGGGUGGCAGGAGUGUACCUAGAGCAUCCCCCCCCCCCCAACUUUAAAUAUAAAAACAACCAAUUUGUAUUUAAAUGUAUUUAGCACUACGCAGUGUUUGUGUGUUUGAAUGUAUGCAUGUUUUUGUAUGGAGUAUAUGUGAGUGAAUGUAGCAGUGUGUUUGUAUGUAGUGUUGGCUUUGAAUGCAAGCAUGCAUUUGUGUGUUGUGUGGUAUUUGAAUGCAGUGGUAUGGUUAUAUAUAAUGGUGGGGUCUGUAUGUAGUGUUGACGUUGAAAUGCAUGAGUGUAUUUGUGUGUAGUAUUGGCGAGCUUUUUAGAUGUCUGCACAUAUACACGUACACACAUGCAGAUACAUAUACACACAAACACUGUCACACAUAGAUACACAUUGACACACAUACAGACAUCGUGGCGACUCUAGGAACAAUAUAUAUGGGGGGGCACAUAAGAUAGCACAGUCAAAACAGGAAGGGGAGGGGGAGCAGUAAAACUUCUCACUAGGGGAUGAGGUAAAAUGCCGCCCAGUGGUGUAUCCUGGUUUUGUGCUGCCCUUGGCAGGACAAAACUCAGGCGCCCCUCUCUCCCCCCCACCGCGCCACUUCCACCCAACCCUCCCCUCCGCCCCGCCUUCUAAAUACACACACGCACAAAUUCACUGACAGAUACGCAUACACUAGCUAACAGAAACACACACACACUAACAGACACACUCACUAACAGACACACACAGACACACACUCACUAACAGACACUCACAGGCAAACACACUCACACUAACAGACACACUCACUCACUAACAGAUACACUCACACUCACUAACAGACACACACACUAACCGUCACUCACUCACUAACAGACACACACACACUAACAGGCACACACACUAACAGACACACACACUCACUAACAGACACACUCACACUAACAGACACACACACACACUAACAGACACACUCACACUCACGAACAGACACACACACACUAACAGACACAGACACACUAACACACACUAACAGACACACACACACAGUCAGACACACACACACACACACACUAACAGACACACUCGCUCACUAACAGACAUGCUCACACUCACUAACAGACACACACACUAACAUACACACACUAACAGACACACACUCACUCACUAACAUAUACACUCACUAACAGACACACACACACUAACAGACACACACUAACAGGCACACGCACUAACAGACACACACUAACAGACAUACACACACUAACAGACACACACACUAACAGACACACUCACUAACAGACACACUCUCACUAACAGACACACACACACUAACAGACACACACACACAAUAACAGACGCACUCACACUCACUAACAGACACACACACUAACAGACACACAUACACUAACAUACACAUUCACACUCACUAAUAGAUACACACACACUAACAGACACACACACAAUAACAGACACACACACACUAACAGACACACAUUGAAACACACACACUAACAGACAUACGCAAAACGCAGGCGCCCCUCUAUCCCCCUCCGCGCCACUCCCACCCAACCCUUCCCCCCGCCCCGCCUUUUAAAUACACACACACACACACAUUCACUGACAGAUACGCAUACACUAGCUAACAGAAACACACACACACUAACAGACACACUCACUAACAGACACACACAGACACACACUCACUAACAGACACAGACACUCACAGGCAAACACACUCACACUAACAGACACACACACACACAGUUAGACACACACACACUAACAGACACACUCACACUAACAGGCACACACACUAACAGACACACACACUCACUAACAGACACACUCACACUAACAGACACACACACACACACACACUAACAGACACACUCACACUCACGAACAGACACACACACACACACACACACUAACAGACACACACACAGUCAGACACACACACACACACACACACUAACAGACACACUUUCGCUCACUUAACAGACAUGCUCACACUCACUAACAGACACACACACUAACAUACACACACUAACAGACACACACUCACUAACAGACACACACUCACUAACAGACACUCACACUAACAGACACACACACACACAACAGACACACUCACUCACGAACAGACACACACACACACACACAGUCAGAUACACACACACACACACAUAACAGACACACACAAGCUCACUUAACAGACAUGCUCACACUCACUAACAGACACACACACUAACAUACACACACACUAACAGACACACACUCACUCAUUAACAGAUACACUCACUAACAGACAGACACACACUAACAGACACACACACUAACAGACACACGCACUAACAGACACACACUAACAGACACAUACUAACAAACACACACUAACAGACAUACACACACUAACAGACACACACACCAACAGACACACUCACUAACAGACACACUCUCACUAACAGACACACACACACACUAACAGACGCACUCACACUCACUAACAGACACACACACUAACACACACACACUAACAUACACAUUCACACUCACUAAUAGAUACACACACACUAACAGACACACACACACACAAUAACAGACACACACACACUAACAGACACACACUGAAACACACACACACACUAACAGACACUAACAGACAUACACACACACUCACUCACUCACAUUAACACAAUUUUUUGUUUUUUAUUUAACCCCCCCAGCCUCUUUACCUUUGGGAAUGCUGGGGGUGGUUCCCUCUGUCCCUUGGGGUCCAGUGGCUGUGAUGUCAUAUUCCGGCUCCCAGCCUCACUCUGCGGCGCGCGAGGGAGCUGAGCAGACAGCUCAGAGGAAGUGCUCCCUCGCCAGUGCCGCCCGCCCGCCCGACCGUCAUGUCAAUUAGCUGUAUGUGAUUAAAGUUCACUUUAAAGAGCAGGGGGUAAAAAAGACAUCUUGUAAAGCAAGUUAAAGGAACAAUUUAGUAUUAAGAAUAUAAAGAUGUAUUCCUAACACUAAUGUGUUUCUCUGCCACCAGGGUUUUCAUUGAUGCUGGAUGUCCUCAAGCAGAGUCUAAGGAUGUCCAGUAUUGUUUCAUGGAAUCAAACUCUUUGAAACUUCAGGAGGUGCCCCUAGUAGACAGCCACUUGAGGCAAUUUUAGUACUGCAAUGUAAGCAUUGCAGUUUCUCUAAAACUAAUGUUUUACAUUGCACCCAGAACACUUCAAACCGAUAAGUGCCUAUAGUGUCCCUUUAAUAUCUGAUUGCAUACGAAACCAUUUUUCAUGCAGGAUGUUUCAGUCACAGCCAGGGGAGUUGUGCUAGGGUUGCAUAUACAGUAGCAAAAGUGAUUUAACUCCUAAAUGGCAAAGAAGUGAUCAAUGAGACUGCAGGGUCAUGAUCUAUACAUAAAAACUGAUUUAUUAAGCUAAUGUGGUUUUUUUUUUGUGUGACUAUAGUGUCAUUUUAAAGUUGUACUAUAUGUUUUUAAGUAAGAAUAGAAACAUUUAAUUAUUCAUUUUUAUUAGAAUGUGCCCCAUGUAGGAAUGCUAAGUAAUAUGAUAUAUUUAUAGAUCUUCACUAAUUAUUUUAAAAAAUGACUUUUAAGAGAAACUACUAUAAAAGAAGCUAUCUUUCUAUAUGAAACAAAGAACCAGCUAUAUAUUACCACAAGUCGAGACUUUAUUACGUUAAAGCUUAAAUCACCGUACUUUCCAAUACAAAGCAGAGAGACCUUCAACUAUACGCCAAGAUCUUAACAAAUUGGUAUAUGAGUAUAAGUGUCAUAGUUUAAUAUUAGUGCAUUUUCAUAGACUAAAUAAAUCUUGAAAUAUUAUUUUACAUCAGUUAUUUCACCAACAUGACAUUAUUUUAUAUAAGACGUGUCAGCGCUUAGUGGAUCUGUCCCGAAUGUGAUAUUCUCUGGGAUACGACAGUCAUAGAUUAUAGAGUCCGAGAUCCAAUAUAAGUAUCGAGGAUCCAAUGCUGCAUUAACUGUGUCCACUUCUGUAUCAGUUCCCGGUUUUACCUUAAAGGACCACUCUAGGCACCCAGACCACUUCAGCUUAAUGAAGUGGUCUGGGUGCCAGGUCCUUCUAGGGUUAACCCAUUUUUUUUAUAAACAUAGCAGUUUCAGAGAAACUGCUAUGUUUAUGAAUGGGUUAAGCCUUCCCCUAAUCCUCUAGUGGCUGUCUCAUUGACAGCCACUAGAGGCGCUUGCGUGCUUCUCACUGUGAUUUUCACAGUGAGAGCACGCCAGCGUCCAUAGGAAAGCAUUAUGAAUGCUUUCCUAUGUGCGACGAGCUGAAUGCGGCGCAGCUCCCGUAGCGCUGGAAAAAGGUAAGUUUUUACCCCUUUUCCCCUUUCCAGAGCCGGGCGGGAGGGGGACCCUGAGGGUGGGGGCACCCUCAGGGCACUAUAGUGCCAGGAAAACGAGUAUGUUUUCCUGGCACUAUAGUGGUCCUUUAAAAAUUACAAGGAAACAGCAACAUAGUGUAACACUGUAAAAUGUAUGGAAACCCUCUUUCAUCCACCCAAAUAGGUACUCUUACUAUAUAUAGUUGUGGUACUGGUUUCCAAGUCUCACUAAAAUAGCACAGGGUACAUUCAAGCCAGUGGUACAGUCAAGAUGUUACCAGUUCUGUCGAAUGGAGGUGCAGACUGCUCAGUGCAUUCGAGCCGACUUUCAGCACUACUAAUCUGGAAGAACGCUGACUUUCCUUCCCGCUUGGAGAUGACCCUCGUGGAUAAAAACAAGAUAGUAAAAAACUUGUUCGGCACUAUCUACGCGUUUCGCCCAUCUGCUGUGGGCUUUCUCAAAAUAGGUGCCACGGACAAUUUUCAGUGUCUUUAUACCCUGCUCUCGAGAUGGAAGCACAGGAUUUCUUAAAGGUACAGACUAAAAUACACAUACAACUUUCAGAAGGCUGAAAUGUCUUUUCAGAUCACAUUUUCUAGCACAUUAAAACGAUACAUUUUUGUGUUAAUAAAACAAUUCUUAAAAGGUUCUCAUUAUUAGAUUACAUUCCUUGAGACAUAAAAUUGAAAACUGAAUUUGUGAUUUGAUGGAUAAAAGGCUUUAGGGAUGCAUAUAGUUUUUCAUUUGGCUGAAAAAAGAAGUAUGUAUAUCUUGCAGUACGUGGUAGGUGUUACCAAUAACUCAUCAUAGAAAAUAGAGUUAUAUAAUAGUUAUCACCCCAAUCUAAACCGUUUUUUUUGCCAAUAUCAAAUUGUUGAGACCAUGGAGGGUUAUAGUGGAAAGAGGUGUGUGACAAAAAUAGAGGGAGCGUAUCAAAUAAACGGCAAAUCAAAGUGUGUCAAAUGAAACAGCCUUGCACUCUAUCCUAAAUUAUGCUGAAGGAGAACCUAAGGUUCUUAGAAAUUACUUAGGAUAUUUUGGUCACAAAACGUAUUCUUAUCUACAUCAAAAAUUUCUGAUAGAAUUGAAGAAUUGGGGGGGGUAAUUUUCACUGACAAUGUGCAAGAUCAUGAGAGUUUAUAGACAAAACAUAUAAUAUAGUAAAUAUUGACUGAAACUACUUUUUUUAGUGUAAUUUUUUUAAUUGAAUUAUGUAUCAUAAAACAUUUAACAUAAAUAGACAUACAACAAAAAAUAAUGAUGAUUCAUUCUGGAAUCAAGCAUCACAAUAAUCAUACCAUAAACACAGAUGGAUACCACAUUACACUUAUAACCAUUAUGCAUAUUGUUGUUAUAGUCGCAUUCGUAUCUAUACAAUAAUACAAGUUACUUGUAUAAAAUAACCAUAAUACUAAGGACUUAUAGAUUUACAUUUUCCUUAUUUCCUGUUUUUAAAUCCCUUUUUUUUUUGUUUCUUAUAAGUCCUCUGUGUAACUGUAUUGACUAUCUUAUUACCCAUGCAUUAUUGUAUUUUCUGUGAUUAUGUCCCAUCCAUACAGGCAAGUACAUAUAUUAAAACUUAGUUUGGGUUAAUUCUUAUGACCUUAAAUAUAUAAUUUUUCCUUUUAACUCUAUCUUACUUCCCCAUUUUCUUUUUUUUUUCUUUCCCCUUUCCCACUCGUCCCUUCACGCAUUCACCUUUUUUAUCCCUCCAUAAGAUUAAUAUCUGUUAUCAGGGUAUUAUAAACCUCUCUUGUUAUAUUGUUUUUAUGGACAUUGUACCAGAUUACUCCCUUUUCCAUCUCCAUUUGGUUUUGAAUUUGGCCCUUUAGUUGGUAUAUAUUGGGGACUGAAACUUCUUCUAUAUGUAAAAUGACAGGUUCUCCGUAUGAGAAGGUAGACACUUUCCAGUCCUCUGUCAUGGGUCAAAAGUUUGAUAUAAAUGAUUGCCUUGCACGUAACUCUAAACAGGUUAUUUAUCUGUUGAGCUGUCCAUGUGCUCUUAAGUAUGUGGGCUAGACUAAACAAAUGCUGAAGAAUAGAUUGCGAGAACAUACCUAUCAGGAGACAAUUCGAAAAACAAUCACUAUCAUACCAUUUUAAAACUUAUCACAAUAGUAAUACCGGUGUACUAACAUAUUGUGGCAUCCAAAAAAUAAAUAUACCAUGGAGAGGAGGAGAAUUGGCAAAGAAAUUGACGUAUCAAGAAAUGCACUGGAUUUUUUUAUCUUAAGACAUUAGCACCUCCAGACCUUAAUGCUGAACUAGAGUUAGCCAAUAUCUUAUGAGUUUAUAAAUGUAUUGUGGAAUAAUGUUCACAACAGAAACUUAUUUAUAAUUAUAUUUUAGAAUGAUUUUUCUUUUCUUUUUGAUCUUCCUAUCCGUAGUUUUGGCAUAUGCUAACCCACUUUUCUCAAAGAUCCACCCAUGGAGUGAGACCGAUAAGGCUACAGUAUAAUUCUAUAUAAAUCCCCCUCCCGUUUCUGACUCUCUUAGGGAUUUUCUAGACCUCUUGAGACUUUUUAGAUCUCUAAAGGUUUCUAAUAGGGCUUUUUUUUACAUUCAGUACAGGAGCUCCACGUAUAUAUUCUGCACUGCUUUCUAAUUUAACCAGGUAGAAAGGAGAAAAAGAAUGGUUUUGCUGUUCGUAUGUUUUCUUAAGAAUUGUAUAUUAUGUUUUUUAAGGAAUUCUAAAUGUAAAUGUAAAAGUUGUAGUUUCCGUCAAUAUUCACCAUAUUAUUUGUUUUGUCUAUAAAAUCACAUGCCCUUGCACACCAGGAGUGAAAAUUACCCCCCUAAUUCUUCAAUUCUAUCAGAAAUUUUCAACGUAAAAAAACAACAAAGUUAUGGUGGGGAAACGAUUGUGAUUGAAAACCCCUUCCACCUGAAGUCUGUGGAUAGUUAAUACAAUGUUAAACAAAAAUCUGCACAACAGUCUAGCCAUAAGAGUUGCUUUUCCCACAGAAAUAAAACAUUAGCAGUGAUGCUACUACCACAAAGGAUUCUGGGUGGGCAUAUGCAAAUUCAAAUCAUUCCAUUUUAAAUAUGGAUUUGAGUCUGUGUUUGCUGGAUUCAACAGCUUUGAAACACAACUUGGGAAAAGAUGCAAAGCCAGUGAACCACUCAUGGACAGCUGUUUCAUUGUUAAUGCAAAUCAUCAGCAUGAGGUUGGUUACUGGUUUGCUAUUGAGGUUUGGCAGUACUUGCGAAGCAAAAAACAAAAAAGUUAAGUUCACUGGCUUUGAAUCUUUUCCUCAGUUGUGUUUCAAAGCUGUUGUAUACAGCAAACACUGACUCAAAGGAAUCCAUGUUUAAAAUGGAAUGAGGCAAAAAAGUGAUUCUUUGUUGAACUAAUUUGCAUAUGCCCACCCAGAAUCCUUUUCGGUAGUAGCAUCACUGCAGAUUUGUGAUUUCUGUAGAAAAAGCAAGUCUUAUGGCUUGACUGGUGUGAAGAUUUUUGUUUAACAUUGUAUUGACUAUCCACUGAAAUUUUCAAUGUAGAUAAGAAUAAUUUUUGUGACCAAAAUAUACAAAGUAAUCUCUAAGAACCUUAGGUUCUUCUUCAGCAUAAUUUAGGGUAGAGUGGAAAGCUGUUUCAUUUGACACGCUUUGAUUUGCCGUUUAUUUGAUACGCUCCCUCUAUUCUUGUCAUACACCUCCAUGUACCUCCACAGUCUCAACAAUUUGAUACUGGCAAAAAAAGGUUUAGACUGGGGUGAUAACUCUUAUAUAACUCUAUGUUCAUGAUGAGUUAUAGGAAACAUCCACCAUGAACUGAAAGAUAGUACAUUAUAGAUAGACUGUAUAGUACAUUACAAGGACACUAUAGGCACCCAGACCACUUCACCUCAUUGAAGUGGUUUGGGUGCACCGUCCCAGCAUCUAUAAACCUGCAAAGCUAAAUAUUGCAGUUUUUUAUAAACUGCAAUAGUUAGCAUUGUGGGAUAACUCCACCUCUAGUGGCUGUCUACUAGAAAACCACUAGAGUGACAUCCGGCUGUUAUUUAUUUAUGGAUGCAGUGCAAUACUACUCGAUGUGUUUAGUUUCUCCAAUCAGAUGACUCUAACAGUGUCCACCACAAUUGAUAAUUGUUAUAUUUAUAUAUCACCAAAACUGACCUUAAUUACAUGACAACAGUAGUGUGUACAGGAAUUACACAUUUCCUGCCUUCCAUACAGAGACAUAAAAGUCUGGGAAAUGUCAACAGUAAAAUAAUAUUUACCUUUCCGUAGCAAUGGGAAUGCAGGCCUCAUAACAGUAAGGGAAUAGUCCAUAUUUUGGGGUCUAUUUUGGGGUCUGUCCCUAUUUUGUUCCUUGGUCUCCCAUAUCCAGGAAACUGAUCCCUGCCAUAACGUUUGAAUAAAUUGUGAAUACCCUUGCUGUGGCGACUCUAGGAAAAAUAAAUGGGGGGUGGGGGCGCACAUAAGAUACUAUAGUCAAAACUGGGGACACUAAUACUUUCCACUAGGGGUGGGCUAAAAUUUGCACAGAAUUUACAUUAGCCUCAUAGAAUUCUUGGUUUAUGACACCUCUUAAUUUUCAACUAUUUAGCAGUUAACUUCCCUAAUUCCUGUCUUUAUGUAAGAUAGCCAUAUUUAAGGACACCAAAAAAAGGGAGCUAUCUGUUAAACAUAUAUGACGUUAUAUCACACUUCAAGGCGUGCAAGAGAGCUGUACAGGAAGAGCACAGUAAGUAAAGAGCUGCCUUACCUCAUGUACUUCCCUUUAGUCCAGAAAUGCUUAUAUUUUUCAAAGUGGGUACUUGCCUACACUGUGAAAGGGUAGCUGCUGGUGGGAGCCCACUGAGCACUGGGCCACUACGUGGGGGGCACAAGUGAGGGGGGCCAAUGAACAAUCACCCCACCUGCAAUGACACCAUAGUUCCCUUCUAAUAUUGGCUUGUAGUUAUGAAUAAAAAAAAAUUCUAUUGACAUGAGAUGUAUUUGCAAUCAAGAGAAAUAAAUGAAUAAAUUUUGAUGUUUGUUUUUUUCUUUCGGCAACAUGAGUUUUAAGCAAAUUAUUCUAUGCAAGAAUGUCAAAACGUACCCCUGUUUGGCUAUGUACUUACAAAGGUUUGGUUUGUAUUUGCACAUGUGGCAUAUGUAUUAAAUAACAUAUUAUACAACUUGCAUGCAUACGUUAUUGAGUUUAUGGAAAACUUACUCUCUGCACUACUUGGAGAGUGUUUAUCAACUAUGCUUUUUUGGACUUUAAUGUUGGAUUUUAACUCGCUACAACUCACAUUUUGGUAAAUAAGCCCCAGCUAAAAAAAAGGUAAUGUUAAAAAAAGCUUAGACUCACUCACUGUGGCUUAGACAGAAUUGAAUUGAAUGGAAUUGAAUAGUCCAGACUAUAAUGUCAAGCAAGAAAAUAAAUAAAUACAAUUGGUGCUUUAUAAUAUAAAAUAUAUAAAUAUAUAAUAUCAAAUAUAAAAACGUCUCAUUUUAUUUCUCCAGCAAAGACAUCCAUGUAUAGUCUGACUGUUCCACUGCAAACAAACUUGUGGGGACAUGUCCUUCAUUGUGAAGUUGGAGAGCAUCAGGUGUUCGAGGGAUGGUUCACACACAAAGAUCUGUGA